AUGUCCCUCAAUGAUAGGAAUGUCUAUCUCGACCACGGUCCUUCCGACGAAUCAGACAAUGAUGCAGGUUACGAUUCUGAGGCCGCAGAAGUGUCCAAGACUACCAGAUCCUCGAAGCGACGGAAGAUAGAUCACAGCAGCCCUAUCAUUGAAGACGAAGUGCAACGGCAGACUUCAGUUUCUCCUUCGCCUUCUCAUGAUUUACCUGAACAGUCCGGAGACGAAGAUACCCAUACUACACACCACCAAAACACUCCCUCCGAGGUCGGGGGGUCGAAGAAGGCCUCGAAGCAGAAAAGCAAAACCAAGAAAGAGUUAACACCAGGCGUGAUAUACCUGUCUUCACUACCACCGUAUUUGAAACCAGCUGCGCUGCGCAAUCUGCUCGAGCAACGCGGCUUCAGCCCCAUUAAACGACUAUUUUUAACGCCAGCAUCAAAACACAAAUCAUCGUCCAAAAAGAACUCCCGGCAGCUUUACACAGAAGGCUGGAUAGAGUUUACAUCAAAGAAGACAGCCAGAAGAUGUGCUGAGAGCCUGAAUACGCAGCAGGUUGGCGGGAAAAAGGGCGGCUUCUACCACGACGACGUAUGGAACAUGAAGUAUCUGCGGGGUAUGCGGUGGGAAGAACUGAUGGCAGGUAUACGAGAAGAAAAGAGAGAAGAGGAGGGCCGACGAGAUGAAGACAGACGGGUAAUUGCUCGUGAGACAAAGAUGUUCGUCGAGGGCGUGGAAGAAGGCAGACGGAGGGAAGGUAUGAAGAGGAAACGAGAGAUGAAGGGUGCGACAAAAGACUCAGAUGCAGAUGCCAACAUUCAGAGAACAUGGAGACAGGCUGAGGUCAAAGGCAGAGAUAAAAGUGACCAGGUCAAGGAAAAGGGUAUCAGCGACGACGUACGGCAGGUAUUGGGCAAGAUUUUCUGA